CACAAAGUGCACAAUCUAUGACAAGGCUGAUGUCGUCGAGCACUGUAUUGAUUUUAAAGGUUUUUUCUUUCACCUGAACAUGGAUUUGCGGUGAUGAAGAGUGUCGAAGUUUAGAGCUCGUACGGUUGCCUGAUCAAGUGUUUUAACGUCGCGUAUUUAUUGGAAUUUGUGUAAGAAACAAGUAAGGUGUUAUGGUGCUGUCCGCAGUGUUGUUCAUUUGCUGAAAAUCAUGUAAACAUUCAAAGGACAUUCGAGACAGAAAAGACAUUCAACAAAGCGAGCACUUUGUACGCAGUGUGUGUGAUAUGCAUAAUGUGGAUAGUGUGGAAAGUUAGUUAAAGGAGAAGUAGAACGUCAGUCCAGUCGUUUCGUCACUUGAUGGCUGCCUAGAAACACGCGAAUAGUGCGACCAACGAUUCGCAGAUACUCGCCAAUCAGCUGCAACGUCUAGAAAGCCCCUGAAAACACAAGUACGAGCAGUAGCACCCGCAAAAUGUCAACCGAUAAAAUCAAGGUAGCGGUUAGGGUUCGUCCCUUCAACCGAAGAGAAUUAGAACUUGGAACACAAGGUAUUAUUGAGAUGGAUGCCUGUCAAACUAUUAUAUACAACCCCACCUGCUUGGAAAAAAAUGAACGAAAACAACGCAAGAUAUUUGCAUUCGAUCACUGCUUUUAUUCCUCUGACCCGGAUGCCGAACAUUUUGCAACACAAGAAAAUGUUUUUAAUUCGAUUGGACGAGAUAUAUUGGAAAAUGCAUUCCAGGGCUACAAUGCCUGCAUAUUUGCAUACGGGCAGACAGGAUCCGGUAAAUCAUAUACAAUGAUGGGCACGCAAGAAAGCAAAGGCAUAAUUCCACGUUUGUGUGAUGAGCUAUUUGCAUUGAUUACCACGAGAGAGACAUCAAGUUUACUCUGUAAAGUUGAGGUCUCGUACAUGGAAAUUUACAACGAGAAAGUACACGAUCUCCUAGACCCAAAGCCUAACAAACAUUCUUUAAAAGUUCGAGAGCACAACGUUUUGGGACCAUAUGUUGAUGGUCUUUCACAACUGGCAGUCACCUGUUAUGAAGAUGUCGACAAGUUGAUGACUGAAGGCAACAAGUCACGAACAGUGGCUGCAACAAACAUGAAUGCCGAAUCAUCACGUUCUCAUGCAGUUUUUUCCUUAAUUUUAACACAAACCCUAACAGACGAACAAAGUGGUGUAACAGGCGAAAAAGUGGCACGUAUCUCUCUUGUCGAUUUGGCAGGAAGUGAGCGUGCAAUAAAAACGGGUACUGUAGGUGAUCGACUGAAAGAAGGCUCUAAUAUUAACAAAUCCUUAACAACGCUUGGACUAGUCAUUUCGAAACUUGCCGAUCAGUCGAGUGGAAAAAAUCGGAACGAUAAAUUCGUUCCAUAUCGUGAUUCCGUACUGACAUGGUUACUAAAGGAUAAUUUAGGUGGUAAUUCGAAAACAGUGAUGCUUGCCACAAUUUCGCCGUCGGCAGAUAAUUAUGAAGAAACUUUAUCCACUCUGCGCUAUGCGGACCGAGCGAAGAGAAUUGUCAACCAUGCCGUUGUCAAUGAAGAUCCAAAUGCAAGGAUUAUCCGCGAGCUUCGUCUGGAAGUGGAGAAUUUGCGAAAUAUGUUAAAACAUGCCACGGAGUCAUACUCUGGCGAUACACAACGUUUUGAUAUACAUGACAAACUGACAGAGAGUGAAAAAUUGAUGAAGCAGAUAUCACAAACGUGGGAGGAGAAACUCGAAAAAACUGAACAAAUACAAAGCGAACGACAACAAGCUUUGGAGAAGAUGGGAAUCAGUAUCCAAGCGAGUGGUAUCAAAGUCGAAAAAGACAAAUAUUAUUUAGUUAAUUUAAACGCCGAUCCGUCCCUAAACGAGUUAUUAGUUUACUACUUAAAAGAUCGAACAUUAGUCGGUGGUCAAAAUGUAGAGGAAGAGCCAGACAUUCAAUUGUUCGGUCUAGGAAUCCAACCAAAGCAUUGCUACAUCACAAUUGAAGGUGGAGACCUUUAUAUGGAACCGUUGCCCAAUGCCCGUUGUUUUAUAAACGGUUCACCAAUUCAAGAUAAAACCAUUCUGAAUCAUGGUGAUCGUAUAUUGUGGGGCAAUCAUCACUUUUUUCGUGUGAAUUGCCCUAAAAGCACAAAUAACUUUAAUCUAAGUUCAGAGCCACAAACUCCUGCCCCUCAGAUUGACUAUAAUUUUGCACGUGAUGAAAUUAUGCAAAAUGAACUCAGCAAUGAUCCAAUACAAGCGGCUAUAUCCAAACUGGAGCGUCAACACGAGGAAGAUAAACAAGUUGCUUUGGAGAGACAAAGACAGGAAUAUGAGCGACAGUUUCAACAAUUACGAAAUAUAUUAUCACCAACCACACCCUACGCACCAUACAUUCCAUACGACCCAUUGCGUGUGGGGAAGCAUACACCAUGCACGCCAACAUCUCAGAUGAAAGUGGAAAAAUGGGCGCAGGAACGCGAUGAGAUGUUCAAACGUUCAUUGAAGCAAUUAAAAACAGAUAUAAUGCGAGCUAAUUCAUUCGUAAAGGAAGCUAAUUUUCUUGCCGAAGAAAUGGGGAAACAGACAAAGUUCAGUGUUACUUUGCAGAUACCGCCAGCUAAUUUAAGUCCAAAUAGAAAGCGAGGGGCAUUUGUCAGUGAGCCGGCCAUUUUAGUGAAACGAAUGAACUCUGGCAGUCAAAUCUGGAGUAUGGAAAAAUUGGAGAACAAAUUAAUUGAUAUGCGAGAAAUUUAUCAAGAGUAUAAGGAAAAGUCUAUUCAUGAUUUGGAGGACGAGCCAAGAAAGUAUGUGGAUCCGUUCUAUGAAUCACAAGAAAAUCACAAUCUUAUUGGAGUCGCAAAUAUAUUCUUAGAAGUGCUUUUCCACGAUGUUAAACUGGAUUAUCAAACUCCAAUCAUCAGUCAGCAAGGUGAAGUUGCUGGUCGACUUCAAGUUGAAAUUUCUCGUGUUAACGGUCAGUUGUACCAAGAUCGUCUAUGCGAAUCCAUUUCAGAAUGUUCGUCUGAUUCGCGUGAUGAUGAAUUUGAUCGAAAUGAUCCGGCAUCGAAUCAAAUAACAUGCAGAGUUAAUAUAAAACAAGCAACUGGACUUCCAUUAUCUCUAUCUAAUUUUGUGUUUUGUCAGUACACUUUUUGGGGACAUCAAGAAACUGUUGUGCCAGUUAUACAGUCUGAAGCCCCCGGUCAUAAUCAAAAUCUUACAUUCAAAUUUGAUCAUGUGAAAGAUUAUACGGCGAACAUUUCCGAAGAAUUUUUGGAACAUUGUGCCGAAGGUGCAUUGUCUGUAGAAGUGUGGGGUCACCGAAGUGCUGGAUUUUCGAAAACAAAAGGAUGGGAGGUGGAGCAGCAACAAGCGAAGGCGCGUUCGCUUGUAGAUCGAUGGGCAGAAUUGUCCCGGAAAAUAGAACUUUGGGUAGAAAUUCAUGAGCUUAAUGACAACGGGGAUUAUGUUCCCGUUGAAGUUUCUAAUCGAAACGAAGUUCUAACUGGAGGUGUCUACCAAUUGCGUCAAGGACAACAAAGACGGAUCCAGGUUCGCGUGAAACCCGUUCAAAAUUCCGGUACCCUGCCAAUAAUAUGUCAAAGCAUCGUAAACAUUUCCGUCGGUAGUGUGACGACUCGAUCGCAUCUUCAAAAACCAUUAGAUUCUUAUCAAGAGGAAGAUUUAACAAUUCUUCGGGAGAAGUGGAGUGAAGCUCUAGGACGUCGCCGAAAAUAUUUGGAUGAACAGAUUCAGAAACUGAUCAAUAAAGAAGAUAAAACCGACGAAGAACGUGAACGUGAAUUAAGUUUGGUCCAUCAGUGGGUGUCACUCACCGAGGAACGAAACGCUGUUCUAGUCCCCGCACCUGGAUGCGGCAUUCCUGGAGCUCCAGCAUCCUGGGAUCCACCCCCUGGAAUGGAACCACAUGUACCUGUACUGUUUCUAGAUUUAAACGCCGACGAUCUAUCAGCACAAAAUAGCAACGAUGAACUACCCCUGGCUGGAUUACAUUCCAUCUUGCCGAAAGAACAUGGGAACAAAUUCUACCAACUGCAAAUUCUCCAGCACUUAGAUAAAGACAUAUGUGCCAUAGCUGGUUGGGAUUCGUCGUUGCAUGAAAAUCAAAAGCUGAACUGUGUAACAGAAGCCAAUGAACGUGUUUAUUUAAUACUGAAAACAACAGUACGUCUAUCUCAUCCGGCCCUAAUGGAUUUGGUGCUUAGAAAAAGAAUUACUCUUAAUAUUUAUAAAAGACAAAGUAUUACGGAGAAAUUGAAGAAACUUCGACUAGUUCGUGGCGAUAACGCAAUUUAUCAAACUGGAGUUACCUACGAAGUAGUUUCUAAUAUUCCGAAAGCUUCGGAGGAGUUGGAAGAUCGUGAAUCACUCGCACAAUUGGCGGCUAGCGCUAGUGAAAUUUUCAAUGGUGACGGCGAGACCUACAUUGAAAAGUACACAAGAAGCGUCUCCGCUGUGGAGAGUAUCUUGACAUUGGAUCGGCUGCGGCAAAGCGUUGCAGUUAAAGAAUUGGAACGCUCGCAAACGCAAACACUUUCUAUGAGGAAAACAGUUAGUGUACCUAACUUCUCACAGCCGAAAGUAAGUUGCAGUGCUUGGUAUCAUUGGUUUCGAACUCAACCUACAGAAACAGAACCUACAGAAAAUUAUGAAACUCAAGAUCCAUCUGAUCAUCAUCUAACCUCCACCUUAAACCCCUCAUUUCAACGAAGCAAUAAUAGUUAUUUACCAGAAUCCAUUAUGCGAUUCGAUACAUCUAUGGAAUCAUUAACGAAUGUUGGGCGAUCAGAAUCGUUUAUGGAUCUAAAUAAUUCUGAUUAUGGGCUGAACCAGAUAAGCAGCUGGCAACAAACUACACCUACCCAGAAAGCUCAACGAAAUAUAAGAGAUCAUCCAGUGCGCAGCCGCCACUACUUUGCAAGCAAGAGCAACUGCGACGAUUCCCCUGGGAAGCCGUUUGGAAUUGCACGACCUACAUUCCUUAAUUUAACUCCAAAUCUUAACAGUAUAAAAACACCGCAAUCGUUAAAACCGUCUCCGGCAUGCAGUAAACUAAUCGGUACCCGAAUGACAACAUUACACGAGGAGCCACUUGUCCACCGUCCACUUCCAGAAGAGCCAGAGGACAGCUAUAGUGAUCCAGAAUGUUCUGACUACGGAGUAGAGAAGACACCAAAUGAGAAACCGAAGUUACGCAUGUCGGUAUCGAAAACCAUGGAUUCUCUGGUGGAAGUAAGUCAACUGAAUGACAACAUGUUCAAUCAUUCGAGCGGACGUUCCACGUUGAGACAUGUUACAAGUCUCGGAACACCGAGUAUGAAUUCUUCUACGUCCAGUGGUUAUGAUUCACAGGCUGCUUCCACUGGAAACCUAUCGAAUGACGAUUCGUCAUCUAUUCGAUCUCUGAAUACCGAUGGCACUCCUGAAUUCGAUUCUAUUCCAUCCGAGUCACCACCCAAUACUAAGUGCACAAAUAUAGAAACUGCAACUGCUACUAAUUCUAGUGUGAAUGUACCUCCUAAUCAACAGCGAUUUAAUCCUUUCUUAAAAGAUUCUUUGUAUAUAAAAAGGAAGUCCAUAGACACACCGGAAGUUUGUCAGAAUAAAAAAGAGAAUUCGACAAUUCCGAAAGAUCAACCUUCAACACAUCCACGUCCUGCUCAAGGUAACACGUCCGGAUGUGCUGGGCAAACUAAUGUCGCAAAAAAAGACAAAAACAAAAACAUCACAGAUGAGAACAAAAGUGAUUGCCGUCAGUCGCUAAGUCGAAGUACAGAUAUGAGUGAUAAAAAUAAAAAUGCAAUAGUAAAUAAUAGGAAAGUUGAUAGUAAUUGUAACGCUUCAGAAAGUCCACAAAUUUUAAAAUCUGAUCAUAAUCAACUAGAAGAUAACACCACAACUGAGCGGAUGAGAAGUGCAAAGAGUGAAGUGGCGCCAGGUAAGAUCAAGCGGAGAAAAAAUCACACCAAUAAUAGAUUGAACAGUUCAAAAAGACACUCGCUACCCUUGUUCAAGUUUAAUGAAAAUAUUGAAGCAGAAAAUGACAAUCUAGCCAGCACAUUUGAGACAGAGUGUAUGGAAGAUUAUGCAAAAGCUGAGUCGGAAAUUGCCCCUGAGUGGGUGGCAGUGGGUGAGUCCGUGCUAAUACGUCCGUACAAUUGGAGCGGCGUGAUUUGCUUUGUCGGUCCAACACAUUUUCAAUCUGGGUUGUGGGUUGGUGUUGAGCUCGAUACACCGACCGGUCGUAACGAUGGAACUGUCCAAGGAAUUCAGUAUUUUAUAUGUAAACCAAGACACGGGAUAUUCGUCCGACAUGAUAAGUUAAUUUUGGAUAAGCGUGGUAAAGCAAUGCGGGCAUUGAAAACAGAGAAAGUAGCAAAAAGUAAAUAAGUAAGUAAGCGAAUAUUUCUGCACAUGGUGAUGUAACACACACAUGGUUAGCGCUUCUUCCAAGAAUUACAUUUGCUGAAAAUUUAAGAAAAAAAAACAAUGGUCAAAAAUCUAAUAUAUUUAAAAAAUAAACGCGAUGUUAAAAUAUGCAAA